ACACGUUAAUUGCUAUUAAUAUGCAUUAGCCACACGUACACAUUGUGUGCGACCUAUCAUUUGAGUUCCAUUAGCAGGAGUGAAACACAUAAACAUCAGCUAAUCGAUUAGACGCUUUAUCCACUCACCUUCAGUCAUAACAGGUUUGUGUUAAAACAGCUUUGGCAAGCAUUUCAAUCGCUUUAAAAGUACUGCCUCAAAAGGAGUGACAUGUUUUGUUUCUCUGUCUCGGUUAUGUUUCCAACUAGUUUUCAACAACGGUUGUGGUUUUCGCGGCAUAUAUGUCGGACCUGCCAAGACACUGAAAAAUGAAGAGAACCGAUAGUUUUAAUUACAAAUUCGGAGAUUGUAAGUAUAGAACUGAAUACUACUAUGAGCGCGACGCCGACGAAAAAACGGAACAUUGUUCGUAAUUCAAAAUAUUGUUAGUAUUUUCUUAUCCCUUAAUUCUGAAAUUGAUAAUAUUUAUACUUUAAUUUUCAGAGCAGUGAUAUCAUAGUUAUUAAUGAAUUGUUGAAUAAUAUCGUCAAUGACAAGGCACAAAUUAACGCCAUGCAUGUUUAAUCUUCAAAGGCUUUUUUCAUCAUUUGAACACCAACAAACAAAAUGAAUUUGUUGGUAAAACGUGGAGAAAUUAAAAUUGGAUUCAAGUGUAUCAGGGGAUUUCUAAUUUUGAAUGCUUAAAAUACGCCGGCGCCGUUUAUUCUUGCGGCAACAAUGAAUUCUCAUAUUAUCACAGCACAAUUCAAAAGGCAGUGAAUUCCCUGUCAGUUACUGACUGUUGUCUUUGAUGAUCAACUAUUUUCAGGAAAUAAAUGCAUUUAUCGUACAGAGUUCAAAAGGAUGUUUUCAUUGCACUCAGGCUUCGCUAAAAGUGUUCGGAUAUACACUUGGGCAAAUUAGUACUACCAAAGUCAACCAAAACAUUUUACGAGGUACUUCGCGAGCGAAUUUUCAGACGCCGGCGCAGAAAACUAACACGGUACUUGUGCAAUGCUGACUGUGGAAAAUGUUUGCAGUAUUAUGACGAGAAAAAAACAUUGAUAAUAUUCCCAAGAAAAUAGUAUGCAAAUUUUGUUUAUCGUUAUGGUAACUGUUCUGCCCAGAGAGUGAAGAGAAGGCGAGAUUCUGGCGGGCGUUUACAUUAAGCCGUGCGUUUAUCUUGAGGGUCUGUAAAGAGGAACUUUCAAGCAAGGAGCUGAUUAAGGUUUCCAGGAAAACUGGUCGCGCUUUACAAGAAAUCUUCCAACAUAUCUCAAGGCCAUGAAAGCAAAUAGGUAUACCAUUUAAAAUAUCUUUCGCAGCAUUUCGCUUUUUGGAAUGGUCCACCUUGUCUCCCGCUAGACUUCGUAUACGUCUGGGUUUUCGGCGUUAUUCUCGUCAGAGAAGUCGACUGAAAUUGUGGAGUACUUUUUAAUCUUGCCGAGCGAAACCAAGAUUGAUUAACAAGAAACUUUUCAACGCGUUACCAGCCAAGUUGGGUACAGUACGCCUCAGCUGCUUCGUGAAUUGUCCAAACCUAAUACAAGACAAAAAUGAUCAAUGAAACAUCGCGUCAAACAAACCAAACAACUGCUCGUCUGAUGGAGAUAAACGUCAAGGGGAUAGCUCAACUGGUUCCUAUUGCAUUAGUCGUUCUUGUUGUAAACAUGUUAGUUUUCUUCGUUUUUCUCAAAACGAAAAAGCUAAGAACGCCAGCAAACUACGUUCUUUUUAGUUUGGCUGUUAACGACUUCAUGACUGGAGCACUGAAUAUUCCUCUGUUUAUCUUUGUGUUUUUCACUCCCAUCAUUUCAUCAAACACAGUGCGCUUUCACCUGGGGUUUCUUUUGACGGUUGUACAUACACUAACAGCAAUUAUAUCAGUUUAUCACAUAGCAAUCGCCACUUUGGAAAAGUACUUGUCCAUUAUCAGGCCAAUAACUCACCGUCUCAUCAACAAACCAACUGUUACAAAGGUUUUGCUAAUGGUUUGGUUCAUUUCCGCUGUCAUUGGAUUCAUUCCCUUCGCAUGGAUUGAUAAAACUAAACAUCCUGAAGGAGCUAAGUACUUUGUAGGCUACAUUAUCUCCUGCUUUGUAGUGGUGUUUUUCUUUCCGUACAUGUUUAUGAUAUACGCCUUUGUCAAGAUUUUUAGAGCCAUUGCCAGUGGCGCAGGACAAAGUGGAACGAACGAAACGAAAGAAAGGUACAAAAGAAAACUUGCUCGAGAGAGGAAGAGCAUUUUGCUAUUUGUUACAAUGGCAACUGCAUUUUCAAUUUGCUGGUUUCCAUGGUUUUUAUUGCAGUUACUCUACUCGCUUAAAUUUGAACCUGAAGCUCUUGAAAUGCCAGCCCAUGUUUUUACUCUCGUCAGGUAUAUAACAUCUGUCAUAAAUCCGCUAUUGUACACUCUGCUGCGACCAGAUUUUUAUGCAGCGCUGAAAAACGUGUUUCUCAAUGCGAAUUGUGGUUUAUUUCAUCUAAGACGAGAAGAGAGCCAAAGAACACAUAUUUGCCGCAGUGAUCACUUGCGUUUUACAUUAUCUGAACUGAUCCAAUCUCUUUCAAAUGAGCCUGAAGAAUAAUCAGGAGUGGCUUUAUGGAGUGGAAAAAUAAACUCCGACGCACUUUCGGCCGCAGCAAACUUCCGCCGCCUGGAGCAAGGUGAUCUUAGCCUUGCAGAGUACAUUGACAAACCCACUAUUCUGUGCGCGGAGCAGUUUGAACAUCCCUCAUAAGCCCGCAAUCAAUUACUUCGAGAUGCAAUAUUAAAGGGACUACGCUCCAAAGAGGUCUGUCACUAGUGCACUUAAAAAGGCUCAGCGCUGACGCUGGAAGAGACAAUAGAAAUAGCUCAGAAUCAGGAUGCUGCAGCACACCAGGAUGAUUACAUGCUAUCGGAAUUCAACGGUGAUACACUACAAAUGGACGUUCGUAAUCUCCAAGGAACCAGGCAGUCAGGAGCCAAGAGGAAUAUGCAGCCACAAAGACUAGGUUUCAGUGAUCAGUAGAGUGAUCUCAAACAAGGGAAUUCAAAGAGAGAAACUUGUUUUAACUUUGGAGCGAAACCGUCAAAUCCCAAGGGUAUUACGGUUCCUUGUGCAUAUCAAAUGCCGUAUCAGAGAGUACCACGUGCAGUCUACAGCAGCUUCCGAGUUCGUAGACUGUAUACCAGAUGCGUACGAGACAGUUUAUUUCAACGCGCCUAUUCAUCACCUUAAGACCGUAAUAGCAUCGUUCGUGGAGCAUCACACAAAUAGGAACCCUUAAUCGCUUUUCUCAUGAUAAUCAUGGCUAGUGGUAUUGCUCGUGGGCGCAUAUACACGACGACAACGACGAAGUAGCUCAACUCGGCGGCCAUAUUCCAGCUUAUAGGUUAACCGAGACAUGCAGCCUUGGUUUACAGCGCACAUCUUUGAUAUUAGUCAUCCAUGUUACAGUCAACUGAUACUUGUCAGAACAAGGCAUCCGCUGACCAGAGUCACGUGACCAUAUCGCGGGCGCGAGUUUAAAGGUCAUUGAGGUCAAAUGUUUUUGAAGUUGACCGCUGCCCAGGUACUAGUUUUUCUAUUGGAUCGCAGGCUCAAGGCAGGUUACUUAUUAUAAUAAGGGCAGGGGUUGUUCGAAAACAAACAAUAGACUGCAAGGCUGAUACUACGUGAAAACGUUUCGAGACACCAACA